UGAUGGAGACGUACCCUGAGCACAAAUUGAGUGCGGAAUGGUGAGUGGGCGACACGAGGCAAUAUGAGUAUUAACGAUGCUGGAGCUGCAGAUAACCGAGAGGGCAAGAUCUAUACCCUUCAGAUUUGCCCAAGCCUCUAUACUGAGAACUCCAUCUGCUGCCAACUACCAGCUACCAAAGAUGUGACAGCUGGGGAAGUGAUCCGAGAGGUGACUGGCAAACUGAACCUAGACACAUCAAAAUGUUACGUAUUGGCAGAGGUGAAGGAGUCUGGAGGAGAGGAGUGGAUCCUUGAUGCCAAUGAUUUACCAGUCCAACGGGUGCUGCUCUGGCCACGGAGGGCACAGGAGAAGCACUCGCAGAGUGAGGGGUAUUACUUCCUUCUGCAGGAGAGGAACACCGAUGGCUCCAUUCGUUACAUCAACCUUCAGCUUGUAGCGAAGGAGAGGGAGAGAAGGAGACUGUUGGAGCGUGGGUUCCUGCCCCCUCAGUCACACCUGUAUGAUGACCUGUGCAAACUGCCCCAUCUGACUGAAGAGACUAUCUUACAGACCUUCAAAACCAGGUUCCAGAAACACAAGAUCUACACUUACGCUGGCAGCAUCCUGAUUGCCAUCAACCCCUUUAGGUUCCUGCCCAUUUACAAUCCCAAAUACAUGAAGAUGUACGAAAACCACCAGCUGGGGAAGCUGGAGCCUCACAUCUUUGCAAUUGCGGAUGUGGCCUAUAACACCAUGCGGAGGAAGCAGGUGAAUCAGUGCAUUGUGAUCUCAGGCGAGAGUGGUUCUGGGAAAACCCAAAGCACCAAUUUCCUCAUCCAUUGCCUGACUGCUCUCAGCCAGAAGGGCUACGCCAGUGGGGUCGAGAGGACCAUCCUAGGGGCGGGGCCGGUUCUAGAGGCUUUUGGAAAUGCAAAAACAGCCCACAACAACAACUCGAGUCGAUUUGGAAAAUUUAUUCAGGUCAAUUAUUUAGAAAACGGACUUGUUAGAGGGGCUAUUGUAGAGAAAUAUCUCCUGGAGAAAUCGCGCCUGGUGUCCCAGGAGGCUGAUGAGAGGAACUACCAUGUAUUUUAUUAUUUGUUGUUGGGGGCGACUGAGUCGGAGCGAUGGGAUUUCCAGUUGAAGCAGCCAGCUGAUUAUUACUACCUCAAUCAGAAGCAGAAUUUUUGUGUGGACGAUGGCGAGGAUCUGAAACACGAGUUUGAGCGCCUGAAACAGGCCAUGGAGAUGGUCGGCUUCCUGCACACAACCAAGAAUCAGAUAUUUUUGGUGCUUUCUGCCAUCCUCUAUCUUGGGAAUGUUGUCUAUAAGAAGAAGUUUACUGGCAGAGAGGAGAGCUUGGAGGUUGAACCCUCUGAAGUCCUGGACACCCUGUCAGCGCUGCUGAAGGUAAAGCGGGACUUGUUAAUCGAGGCUUUAACAAAGAGGAAGACCGUGACUGUUGGAGAGAAGUUGAUUUUGCCUUACAGUCUCAAUGAGGCUGUAACGACUCGGGACUCGAUGGCCAAGUCCCUGUACGCAGCACUUUUUGAUUGGAUUGUUCUUCGGAUUAAUCAUGCUCUCCUGAACAAGAAGGACAUGGAGGAGUCAGUGAUGUGCUUGUCAAUCGGAGUUCUGGAUAUUUUUGGAUUUGAAGAUUUUCCGAACAACAGUUUUGAGCAAUUCUGUAUUAAUUAUGCCAAUGAGCAGCUACAGUAUUACUUCAACCAACACAUCUUCAAACUGGAACAGGAAGAGUAUCAGAGUGAGGGCAUCACCUGGCACAACAUCGAUUACAUCGACAAUGUUGGCUGUAUUCACCUGAUCAGCAAAAAGCCCACUGGGCUCUUCCACCUCCUUGACGAGGAGAGCAAUUUCCCUCAUGCCACCAAUCAGACACUUCUGGCCAAGUUCAAACAGCAACAUGAGGGCAGUCGGUUUUUUGUGGGGACCCCAGUGAUGGAGCCGGCCUUCAUCAUCCAACACUUCGCUGGCCGAGUCAAAUAUCAGAUCAAGGAUUUUCGGGAAAAAAACACGGAUUACAUGCGCCCGGAUAUUGUGGCCCUCCUGCGGAGUAGUGACAGUGCGUUUAUCCGGGAGUUGAUUGGGAUGGAUCCUGUGUCUGUGUUCCGCUGGUCAACCCUUCGAGCUGCGAUCCGAGCUGUGGCUGCAUUCAAACAGGCUGGACUGCAGUGGGCAAGGAGAGCUGCCACAGGAAUGCCCCGGCGUGUUUCUCGUGUCCCUCUUGGAGAAUUACAGCGAUCGAGCACCUCAUCGGAGAAGCCAUUGCGUGAGUUGCAUUCCCAGCUGAUGAGGAGUAUUCGAGGAUGGGCUGUAAUGCACGGUGACGAACCCCACAGCCUCCUCAAAUCAUUGCGAGGUACCGGAAGGCCCCACAGCCACCUCCAGAAAAAUAAAGGCUUGAAACAAAAGCUGCAGAUUCCCAAGAAUCUCAUCGACACAUGUUCCUUAAAGCACAUUGUCCGAAUGACCCUCCACGAUCGCACCACCAAGUCCCUGCUACAUCUGCACAAGAAGAAGAAGCCACCCAGUAUCAGUGCACAGUUCCAGGCCUCUCUGAAUAAACUGAUGGAGACUCUGAGCAAAGCUGAACCGUUCUUCAUCCGAUGUAUCCGUUCAAAUGCUCAGAAGAUGGAGCUGUGUUUUGAUGAUGAUUUGGUUCUGCAGCAGCUGAAGUACACGGGUAUGCUGGAAACAGUGCGUAUCCGCCGCUCUGGCUACAGCGCCAAGUACACCUUCCAGGAAUUCCUGGAUCAGUUCCGAGUACUGCUACCUAAGAGUGCUGAACCAGUGCAGGAAGUGAUCGAUGCCUUGUUUAACAAGUUGGAAUUAGACAGGAACAACUGUCAGAUUGGAAAAACCAAGGUAAGGUUGGCUAGGCCUCAUCCAAACAGGAACAAGAGGGGCUUUUCAGCCCCUUGAGUCUGCUGGACCAUUCGAUUAGAUCAUGACUGAUUUGUUUGUGGUUUGAAGUCCA